AUGCCCCCAUUAUCAUUCAGUCUCCUGACAACAAAGGCAUCUAAGCACUUUUCUAAAAAAACACAGCAGCUCUUAUCAUCCUGGAGGCCAACUGCCAGGAGGAAUAGAGAUCUUUUUUACCCUGAUGUAAACACACAGAGACCUCGGGAAUACUGGGACUACGAGUCUCAUGUCGUCGAGUGGGGAAACCAAGAUGACUAUCAGCUCGUCCGAAAACUGGGUAGAGGCAAAUAUAGCGAAGUCUUUGAAGCCAUAAAUAUCACAAACAAUGAAAAAGUGGUUGUUAAAAUACUCAAACCUGUCAAGAAAAAGAAAAUCAAGAGAGAAAUUAAAAUCCUUGAAAAUUUGAGAGGUGGUCCAAAUAUCAUCUCGCUGUUAGAUAUUGUCAAGGAUCCAGUGUCCCGAACCCCUGCCCUUGUCUUUGAACACGUGAACAACACAGACUUUAAGCAAUUGUAUCAAACUCUUUCUGACUUCGAUAUACGGUUCUACAUGUAUGAAAUACUUAAGGCCUUGGAUUACUGCCACAGUAUGGGGAUUAUGCACAGAGAUGUAAAGCCACACAACGUAAUGAUCGAUCAUGAACACAGAAAGCUCCGUCUAAUUGACUGGGGGUUGGCAGAAUUCUACCAUCCAAACCAAGAAUAUAACGUGAGAGUGGCGUCCAGGUACUUCAAAGGGCCUGAGCUGUUGGUAGACUACCAGAUGUACGAUUACAGCCUGGACAUGUGGAGUUUGGGAUGCAUGUUGGCCAGCAUGAUCUUCAGAAAGGAGCCCUUCUUUCAUGGCCAUGACAAUUAUGAUCAGCUGGUGCGAAUUGCAAAAGUACUAGGCACAGAGGACCUGUACGACUAUAUUGACAAGUACAACAUUGAAUUGGAUCCACGAUUCAAUGACAUCUUGGGCAGACAUUCACGUAAGAGGUGGGAGAGGUUUGUGCACAGUGAAAAUCAGCAUUUGGUCAGCACAGAAGCUCUAGACUUUCUGGACAAGCUGCUGCGCUAUGACCAUCAAGCUCGCCUCACAGCCAGAGAGGCCAUGGAUCACCCCUACUUUUAUCCCAUUGUCAAAGACCAGGGCAGAGGGGCCACUCCUGGAGGCAUGGCUGCCAGCUCCACACCGGUCAGCUCUUCGAGUAUGAUGGCUGGCAUCACCUCCAUGUCGUCUGCGCAGCCCAUGGCCAACAUUGCUGGAUCCCCGGUCAUCUCUGCCCCCAACACUCUGGCCACGCAGGUCCCUGCAGCCACUGGAGCUCAGCCGUGA